AUGGACGGUGGAUCUUGUCCUAGCGCUAAAUUCAAGCUCUACGAGCAGUUAGAAUUGCAAGAGUUUCAGGACAAGUUCGUGAUCAAAUCCGUCGAGGCUCCAGAUCAAGGCUUCUCGAUCGACCGCCGUGACGGGACCAUUGAACCACUUAAUGAAGGUGAUUCUUCUUCUUCUUCUGCAAGACCAACCAAAACCUCUACGAUAUAUGGUGUGGCGGGAACCAUCAGAUUGCUUGCAGUCGGGGCCUUUCUUGGCUUCCCUGUUUACCGAGUAACCUCUAUGAAGUUUCUGUCCUGCAAUGAGGUUUUGAAGAAUUCAACUCUUCAAGAGAAAAAAGAUGAGGCUUACUUCAUGGCUCUGUUGAAAACAGUCCAAUCAACUCCAGGGCUGUACUUUUCUUACCAAACAGAUAUUACAUUAAAUUUUCAAAGAAGACGUAAGUUAAUGGAAGGAUGGAUGGCCAAACCAAUAUGGAAGCAGGCUGACCCUCGAUUUGUUUGGAACAGAAAUCUUUUGGACGAACUUAUUGAGUAUAAGGCUGCACAGCUUAAGCUAAAAGGCUCACCUGCCACACUUACGAUAUUCUCAAGGAGAUGUACGCGACGUCUAGGCACAAGAAUGUGGAGAAGAGGAGCUAACCUUGAAGGAGAUGUAGCUAAUUUUAUUGAAACUGAGCAGUUGGUGGAGUGUGAAGGUUUCAGGUCCUCAUUAUUGCAGAUUCGAGGUUCAAUUCCACUUCUUUGGGAGCAAAUUGUUGACUUGAGCUAUAAACCACGACUUAAAGUUAUUGAUCAUGAGCAGACGUCAAAUGUUGUGGAGCGCCAUUUCUUUGAUCUUUUCCAAAGAUAUGGAGAGAUAAUAGCUGUAGACCUAACUGAUAAACAUGGUGAUGAAGGUCAACUAAGCAUGGCAUUUUCUGCCGAAGCACAAAAUCUGCCAAAUGUGAGAUACGUUUCAUUUGACUUUCAUCAUGUCUGUGGGAACUCAAACUUUGAAAACCUAAAGCUUCUAUAUGAGCAAAUCUCGGAGCAAUUUGAAAAGCAAGGAUACUUGCUCAUAGAUGCGAAAGGAAGCAUACUGGAGGAGCAGAAAGGGAUUGUCAGAUCUAACUGCAUUGAUUGCCUUGAUAGGACGAAUGUUACUCAGAGUUACUUGGCUCAGAAGUCUCUAGAUGCACAGUUGCAGAGGAUUGGAGUGCUUGAUUCUUCUGAAUGCAUUUCUGUGUUUGCUGAAGAUUAUCAAAAAUUUAGAGCAUUGUGGGCUGAGCAAGGUGACGAGAUAAGCCUCGAAUAUGCUGGGACUUAUGCCCUGAAAGGGGACCUGGUUAGAUAUGGAAAACAGACAUUUGGAGGAAUACUGAAAGAUGGGAUGAGUGCUCUUUCAAGAUAUUAUUUGAAUAAUUUUCAUGAUGGCAUUCGGCAGGAUGCUAUGGAUCUUAUUAGUGGCCGCUAUACAGUUAGAAGGGAUGGUUCACCAUUCCAGACUGAUUCUUUUUCUUAUCUACCGGUGGCAUCAGCUUUGUUAAUUGGAGGUUUGACGCUGACAUCUGUAACACUUCAGCAAGCGGGGCGAAAUGCGCAGCAAUUUAUGUCUUCAGUGCUUUGGGCUGGGGUGACUGCUGGAAUAGCGGCAGUGGUGAAAGCUAAUGGAAGGCAAUUCUGUUCUAGGCCUCGCUUGUGCAGACUUGUUUAA